GCCAAACACAGCCAGGAGCUAAAAAAGACCAAAACUCGGUAAACCAAAAUGAAAAACACACAUAAACAAAAAGAGAACAAUGCAAUGCAACACUUUAUUGUGGGGUCUAAUAGCCCCAUCGUCACUCAUUUCUAUACCUAAACGACAACUAAUUCAACAUUACUAAAUCUCCAUCUUUCCCGUUUACACCCUUCCCUUUCUGCCUCACCUGAAUUCCAAUGAAGAACAACAUAGCACAACCCUUCUGCAUAAAUCCAACCUUUUGUCGUUUCAAUUAACACCUUGAAACCACUCAGUUUUUAUAUUAUCUUUCCAUUAUUCACAUUCUCGUUUUUUUUUUUUUUCUUCUUUUUCCCUUUUCUGAAACCCUAAUCUUAAAGAGAAAGGUACCACAAUGACAACCAGAGGGAGUAGAUCAGAGAAAGUGAAGCGAAUUUUUCAGAAAUUCGAUACUAACAAAGAUGGAGGUCUCAAUAGAGAAGAAAUGGCGGCGUUGGUUGUUGCCGUUAACCCUAGGGUUAAAUUUAGCGAGGAGCAAAUUAACGCAAUUCUCGACGAAGUUUUUCGUACUUACGGUGAGUUUAUUGACGGAGAGAAAGGUUUAACCUUUGAUGGCUUAUUGCGUACUUAUGAUGACGGAGCCGGCGACGUUGAUCGCGACUUUGACGCGCUUGAACUUGAGCUUAAUGUAGAUGAUAAUAAUAAUAAUAAUAAUAAUACAGGACUCUCAAUCGCAUCUGAAGCGUCGUCGUCUUUGAUUAUAGAUGAGAGGAAUGUAGAAUCUCAAAAGAAGCAAAGAACUGCAGCUUGGGCGGUUUCUCCAAAUCACGGGAUUGUGUUUGACGACACGUGGAAGAUUGUCGACGAUUUAGAGAUUUUGGUCAAGAGAUUGAAAGCAAAGCAAGCUAAAGAUGGGAAAUUGAAAGGUGAUAACUUUGAUGCGUAUUCAGAUGCUGGGUGGUCGAGAGAAUUAGGACCCUCUUCGGAGAUAUCGGAUAAGAGAGUACUUUGGGAAGAAUCAGGGCAUGAUUAUGCAGCUUUUGUUAAGGAAUUAGGGGUUUUGAGAAGUAGAGCGGAUGGGGCCAGAUCGCGAGAAGAGGCGUUUGAUGGGCAUAUGGCAAUUGGUAGGGUUUUGUAUGAACACCAGUUGUUUAAGGAGGCAUUGGUGAGUUUUAAAAGAGCUUGUGAGUUGCAGCCUAUUGAUGUAAGGCCUCAUUUUAGAGCUGGAAAUUGUCUGUAUGUUCUUGGGAGGUUUAAGGAAGCUAAAGAGGAGUUCUUGUUGGCUUUAGAAGCAGCUGAGGCAGGUGGGAAUCAAUGGGCUUAUUUACUUCCUCAGAUAUAUGUUAAUCUUGGGAUUGCAUUGGAAGGGGAAGGUAUGGUUUUAAGUGCUUGUGAGUAUUAUCGAGAAGCUGCUAUUCUUUGUCCAACUCAUUAUAGAGCUCUUAAACUUUUGGGCAGUGCUCUUUUUGGCGUAGGGGAGUAUAUGGCAGCUGUUAAAGCCUUGGAAGAGGCUAUUUUUAUGAAACCAGAUUAUGCCGAUGCUCACUGUGACUUGGCUUCUGCUUUGCAUGCCAUGGGUCAGGAUGAGAAGGCUAUAGAAGUGUUUCAAAAGGCUAUUGAUUUGAAACCUGGUCAUGUUGAUGCUUUGUAUAAUUUAGGUGGGCUUUACAUGGAUUUGGGUAGGUUCCAGAGAGCUUCUGAGAUGUAUAGUAGGGUGUUGGCUGUGUGGCCGAAUCAUUGGCGAGCACAGCUCAAUAAGGCUGUCUCACUGUUGGGGGCUGGUGAAACUGAGGAAACUAAGAAAGCUUUGAAGGAAGCUUUGAAAAUGACAAACAGGGUUGAACUGCAUGAUGCAAUAUCACAUUUGAAGCAGCUGCAGAAGAAGAAAGUCAAGGGUAGUAAUGGAGUUGCAAAUGGGGAGGGAGCUUUCAUUGUUGUGGAACUCUCAAAAUUUAAGACAGCGAGUGAAAAAACAACAGCGAGGCAGGAUUUAGCCAAUGCUCUUCAAGUAAGGGCUUUUCAGAGGAUUACGAGGUUGAGUCGUUGUGAUGUGGAGCUUUUGAAGAAGGAAAUGACUGAAAAUGAUGUACCAGUUUCUUACUCUGGUGGUGGUUUUCCAGAGAAAUCCAUACGCAAACCUAACUUGGAGGAAAUCCUCCGAAGGUUACUUAGUUUCCUGAAGCCUGAAACCUUUCAGGGGGCUGUCAAGGCAAUAAAUGAGAGGAUUUUGUCUGUUUUGGACGAGAUGGGUUCAGGCAGGGUAGACUUGGGCAUGUUUUUUGCUGUUCUUGCCCCUAUUUGUAGUGGCAAUCCUGACAAGCGAAAAAGGAUUGCUUUUGAUUCACUUUUAUGGCUUCCUGUGAAUGAAGGUAGUUCUCAGGUUAAAAAAGUUGAUGCUGUUCGGUAUAUAAAGUUGCUGAGAGCUAUUUAUAUUCCUUCUCAUGGAGUCAGCGAAAUGUUAGAAGUUCAUGGAGGAACAGAUUCUUCGAUGGUAUCUUUCAAUGAUUUUCUUGUAAUGUUUGAUGAUCCUGACUGGGGUUUUGGUAUCAUGUCAACUCUUAUAAAGCUGGAAACGGGAGAUAGAAAUCGCCAUGGAAACCAUGUUUGCUCAGUUUGCCGCUACCCAAUCAUUGGGUCCCGCUUCAAGGAAAUGAAAUCUCGUUUUAGUCUAUGUAAUCAGUGCUACAGCGAAGGAAAGGUGCCACCUGCUUUUAAACAGGAUGAGUACAAAUUCAAAGAGUAUGGAAAUGAGUCUGAAGCAGUGAAAGAUAAGUGCAUGUGUUUUACAUUGCAAUCUCAUAAUGAUUGAUAGCACAUUCACUGAAAGAUUUCUUGUUAAUUUUGUAUUAUCCCGUUCUCUUAUUCUAGUAUUGUGUGAAUUACAUAGCUUGUUAACGUGUUCAGUGGGCAUCACACCCUUUGUAUGAUAAGUCAUUUUGAGUAAUAUCUCGGAUCCCUGUUUCCCAAUAGAUUGUAGAUCCUUGUUCUUCUUCUUCUAAUGUUUAUAUAUAUAUUUUUUAUUCUAUUA